UUUAGAAAUCGAGUUGGGCACAAAAUGCAUCGUGGAGAUGGAAAAACAGCAGACAAUUCUGCAAAAUCCGCCAUCGCUCGACAAAUUGGAGAGGAAACCUCCCAAAACAUUUGCAUUCGAUCAUUGCUUCUACUCGCUAAAUGCCGAGGAUCAAAAUUUUGCUUCACAAGAAACAGUCUUCGAUUGUGUGGGACGUGAUAUACUCGAUAAUGCAUUCCAAGGUUAUAAUGCCUGCAUUUUUGCCUAUGGCCAAACAGGCUCCGGCAAAUCAUACACAAUGAUGGGUUCACUUGAAUCCAAAGGCAUCAUACCACGCCUUUGUGAUGAGCUCUUCUCUGCCAUUGCCAAUAAGACUACACAGGAUCUGUUGUAUAAAGUGGAAGUGUCCUAUAUGGAAAUAUACAAUGAGAAAGUACACGAUCUACUUGAUCCCAAACCAAAUAAACAGUCACUCAAAGUGCGUGAGCACAAUGUACUGGGACCCUAUGUUGAUGGUUUAUCCCAAUUGGCAGUGUCUUCGUACAAGGACAUUGACAAUCUAAUGACGGAGGGCAACAAAUCACGUACAGUGGCCGCUACUAAUAUGAAUGCUGAAUCGUCACGUUCGCAUGCUGUUUUCUCGGUAGUGUUAACACAGAUUCUGACCGACCAAGCGACUGGCGUGAGUGGUGAAAAAGUGUCACGUAUGUCGCUGGUGGAUUUGGCUGGCUCGGAGCGUGCCGUCAAAACUGGUGCUGUGGGUGACCGACUGAAGGAGGGCUCCAACAUCAACAAAUCCCUCACCACCUUGGGCUUGGUCAUUUCGAAGCUAGCCGAUCAAUCGAAUGGCAAGAAAAGCAGCAAUGACAAAUUCGUACCCUAUCGCGAUUCAGUGCUUACCUGGCUGCUGAAGGACAAUUUAGGUGGCAACUCGAAGACGGUGAUGGUUGCCACGAUAUCACCCUCAGGCGACAACUACGAAGAGACGCUAUCCACGCUGCGCUACGCCGAUCGCGCCAAACGCAUUGUCAAUCACGCUGUCGUCAAUGAGGAUCCAAAUGCGCGUAUCAUACGAGAAUUGCGUCUGGAAGUGGAAGCAUUACGAAAUAUGCUGAAACACGCCACCGGUUCGCCAGUGGGCGAUGUGCAACGCGUGGACAUACACGACAAGCUGGCUGAAAGUGAGAACCUGAUGAAGCAAAUCUCGCAGACGUGGGAGGAGAAAUUGGUGAAAACCGAACGCAUACAAAAUGAACGGCAGCAGGCACUUGAAAAGAUGGGUAUCAGCGUGCAAGCGAGUGGCAUUAAAGUGGAGAAGAAUAAAUAUUAUUUAGUCAAUUUGAAUGCUGAUCCGUCCCUCAAUGAGUUGUUGGUCUACUAUUUAAAGGAGCGUACACUGAUUGGUGGUCACAGCAUAUCCGGCCAACAACCCGACAUACAACUAUCCGGCCUUGGCAUACAACCUGAACAUUGUGUCAUUGUAAUCGAAGAUGGUGGCCUCUUCAUGGAACCAAUUCAGGGGGCGCGUUGCUUUGUAAAUGGUUCGGCGGUGCUGGAGAAAAUUCCGCUGCAUAAUGGCGAUCGUAUUUUAUGGGGCAAUCAUCAUUUCUUCCGUGUCAAUUGUCCGAAGAGCGCCAAUGCCAAUAUGAUCUCGGAGCCGCAGACGCCGGCGCAAUUAAUUGAUUAUAAUUUUGCGCGCGAUGAGAUUAUGCAGAACGAACUGAGCAAUGAUCCCAUACAGACGGCCAUUGCACGGCUUGAGCGUCAGCAUGAGGAGGAUAAGCAGGUGGCGUUAGAGAAGCAGAGACAGGAGUAUGAGCGACAAUUUCAACAGUUGCGUAAUACGUUAUCGCCCAGCACACCUUACGCACCAUAUACGCCAUAUGAUCCCUUGCGUUUGGGUAAAAUAACACCAAACACACCUACAUCCCAAAUGCGUGUAGAGAAAUGGGCACAGGAGCGUGAUGAGAUGUUCAAGCGUUCGUUAGGUCAGUUGAAAAACGAUAUAAUGCGUGCUAAUGCGCUGGUACAGGAGGCUAACUUCCUUGCCGAAGAGAUGGAGAAGAAGACUAAAUUCUCAGUUACUUUGCAAAUACCGCCAGCAAAUCUUAGCCCAAACAGAAGGCGUGGCGCCUUUGUCAGCGAACCGGCAAUUUUGGUAAAACGUACUAAUUCAGGCAGUCAAAUUUGGACUAUGGAGAAACUGGAAAACAAGUUAAUUGAUAUGCGUGAAAUGUAUCAGGAACACAAGGAGCGCAUUCUAAAUGGUUUGCCUGUCGUUGAAACAUACUCCGACGAUGAAGAUAGCGAUGAGGAAAGUGAGCACUCGAAGUCUCUGGAUCCCUUCUAUGAGUCGCAAGAGAAUCACAAUUUGAUCGGUGUCGCCAAUAUUUUCCUUGAAGUACUCUUCCAUGAUGUGAAAUUGGACUAUCACACACCAAUAAUUAGUCAACAAGGUGAAGUUGCUGGCCGACUUCAAGUCGAAGUUGAACGCAUAGCUGGUCAAAUGCCACAGGAUCGCAUGUGCGAAUCGAUUUCCGAGUCGUCGACCGACUCGCGUGAUGAAUACGACGAUCCAGUCGAUCCGAUGUCCAAUCAGAUAACUUGCCGUGUCUCCAUAAAAAGCGCCACCGGCCUGCCACUCUCGCUUUCUAAUUUCGUUUUCUGUCAGUACACUUUUUGGGGUCAUCAAGAGACUGUGGUGCCCGUCAUCAAUGCCGAAGCGCCCUCGCAUGACCAGAAUAUGGUAUUUAAAUUCGAACAUACUAAAGAUUUCACCGUCACCAUCAAUGAAGAGUUUCUCGAGCACUGCAUUGAGGGUGCUUUAUCCAUUGAGGUUUGGGGUCACCGCAGUGCCGGUUUCUCAAAAACCAAAGGCUGGGAGGUGGAGCAACAGCAGGCUAAGGCGCGUUCGUUAGUCGAUCGCUGGGCGGAGUUGUCACGUAAAAUUGAACUGUGGGUGGAGAUACACGAGCUAAAUGACAAUGGUGAAUAUUCGCCUGUGGAAGUGACAAAUCGCACUGAGGUGCUCACCGGUGGCAUUUAUCAGCUGCGCCAAGGUCAGCAGCGGCGCGUGAAUGUGCGCGUCAAGCCUGUACAAAACUCGGGCACAUUGCCCAUAAUUUGUCAAUCCAUAGUAAACAUAGCUAUUGGCAGUAUUUGUGUGCGCUCACGGCUACAGCGUCCAUUGGAUUCGUAUCAGGAGGAGGAUCUGACUGUGCUACGUGAAAAAUGGAGUGAGGCGCUGGGACGACGACGGCAAUAUCUCGAUCAACAAAUACAAAAGCUGAUUAAAAAAGAGGACAAGAGCGAGGAAGAGCGUGAACGUGAAUUGAGUUUGGUUCAUCAGUGGGUAUCGCUAACCGAGGAACGGAAUGCAGUUUUGGUGCCCGCGCCUGGCUCAGGCAUACCCGGUGCGCCAGCCUCUUGGGACCCGCCAGCUGGCAUGGAACCGCAUGUACCCGUGUUGUUUCUCAAUCUAAAUGCAGACGAUAUGUCGGCACAGAAUACCAAUGACGAAUUCUCCGUUGCUGGCUUAAAUUCCAUACUCUCCAAAGAACAUGGUCAUAAAUUCUACACCCUUCAAAUACUACAACACCUGGAGAAGGAUGUGUGCUCGAUUGCCAGUUGGGAUUCGUCGAUGCACGACAGUCAGGCGUUGAAUCGUAUGACCGAAGCGAAUGAGCGCGUCUACUUAAUUCUGCGCACCACGGUGCGUCUCUCGCAUCCUGCGCCCAUGGAUUUGGUGCUGCGCAAACGCAUCAGCAUAAACAUCAAGAAAGGCCAAAGUAUUACCGAUCGGCUGAAAAAGUUUCGCCUGGUGCGCGGCGAGAAUGCCAUAUCGCAAACGGGUGUCACCUAUGAAGUGGUCUCAAACAUACCAAAGGCAUCAGAGGAAUUGGAGGAUCGCGAGUCGUUGGCACAGCUAGCUGCAAGCGGUGAUGACUGCUCUGCAAGUGAUGGCGAAACCUACAUCGAAAAAUACACACGCGGCGUGUCAGCUGUGGAAAGUAUAUUGACACUUGAUCGCCUACGUCAAAGUGUAGCCGUCAAAGAGCUAGAGACCGCGCACGGUCAACCACUGUCUAUGCGCAAGACUGUCAGCGUGCCCAACUUCUCACAGGCGGUUAAAGAAACCACAGCUGGAAGUCUUAUGCGUUUCGAUGCUUCUAUGGAAUCACUGCUGAACGUGGGACGCUCUGAAUCAUUCGCUGAUCUCAACAAUCAAACACUAAGCUCCAAAUUUCCAGCACACCAAGCCAUACGCGACUUUGGCACUCGCAAUCGUCAUAGCUUUGGCGGCAAAGGCAGCAACGAUGAACCACCAUGCAAACCAUUUGGCAUCGCGCGUCCAACAUUCUUAAAUCUGAAUUUGAAUUUCAAUCAACGCAAUCCGCCAACCAAGCCUUCACCGGCUACUAGCAAGCUACUGGGCAUGCGCAUGACCACGCUUCACGAAGAGCCACUGGGUGUUCAUCGCGCGCUCGCCGAAGAGCCCGAAGACAGCUACAGCGAUUCGGAGUAUACCGCCGAGUAUGAGCAGGAAAAGAACCAACAGAAUAACUAUCAUACACGCUCACGGCUCACAGCCUCAAAAACAAUGGACUCGUUCAUGGAUGUCAGCAAUCAUUCAAAUAGCAGCUACUUGAGUUACACGUCCAGCGCCAAUGCGAAUAUGAAGCAUUUAACCGGCCUGGCAACGCCCAGCAUGAGUUCGUCAACAUCGAGCGGUUAUGGAUCGCAGGCGGUAUCGUGCAGCAAUUUAACAAACGAUGACAUCGCUUCUAUGCGUUCAAUGAGUAUUGAUGAGACACCAGACUUUAAUUCAAAUUCACCACCUAACCGCCAGGCGCGAUUCAAUCCUUUCCUAAAAGACAUGCCAAAAUCAAAUGGCGCUAAACAACAGCAAGCUCAAUCAACGACAGCACAUUCGGCGUUUAAUGAAAAUCAAAACGAAACGCCACACAAGCAAUCAAAAUCAGCACCAGAAACCAUAGCAGACACAGAGCCAGCUACCGAAAUCAUUGCAACAUUCAAUGACAAUGACGCCAACAACACAAAAGCAAAGCUGCCAAACACUUUACCAAAAGCACAAUAUACCGCUGCCAAUGUCGUUGCCAAUGCCGACGCAAACACCAGCGUCGCAGAUGUCAGCGAUUACAUGGCAAAUACCAUAAACGAUGAUGAUGUUGUUGAAAUUAAAAACAACAAUAACUGCGAAGCAACAACUACAGCAGCUAUGUUGAAUAGUAAUCACAAUAAUAGUGAGAACAACAAAAAUACAACAGCAAAAAUAAUUAGUAACAACAUUGCUACAGACAAUCAAAAUGGCAAUGAAAUGCUGAACACUGCACCAGCGUUGUUGGCGGAGGCUGAACAACAGCCGUUAGAGGGUAAUGGCAUUGUACGCGGUCAGCUUCCGGUUGGGAAAGUUGUACGUCGUAAAAAGACACCGCCACAAGGUGGCGUCAAUGUUAUGUCCAGUAGUGUUACAAGCACGAACAACAAUGGCGGUAUGUCGCGUUCACAAUUACAGCGCGCUUCGGUGGCACAAAUGGAGGGCAUAAUGACGGCAUCCAACGAUCGGCUGGAUGUGUCAAUGACAGGCAGCAUGGAACUGGAUGCAGAAAUCGAAGCUUCACUACCCGAUUGGGUGCUGGUUGGUGAGUCAGUGCUAAUACGGCCCUACAACACAAGUGGCGUAAUUAGCUACAUUGGUACCACACACUUCCAAGCGGGCACUUGGAUUGGCGUCGAACUGGACACCCCGACAGGCAAGAACGACGGCACCGUACAAGGCAUACAGUAUUUCCAAUGCAAACCCAAACAUGGUAUAUUUGUGCGCUACGACAAGUUGAUAUUGGAUAAGCGCGGCAAAGCAAUGCGGGCCUAUAAAGCUGAGAAAAUUAAUAGCAAAGAAUCGUCUAUGACGCGCUCAAAGAGUCGUGGUGAAUCUUUGUCCAGCGUCGGUGGCGCAACGUCGUCACGCAAAUGAUUAUAUCCAAAAUGUUCGCAUCAAAUGCACCGCUGGGCUAAUUGCAAGCAAUCCACAUUGGUGUCAGCAGCAACUGCAACUGCAACUGCAAACGCAACAACAACAACAAGCACUUCAACUGCAGCAAAUGUAAGAGGCGCUGCUGCACCAACGCGCACAUGCACCAAAUUGCGUGCAACCAGCACAGCAGCCGCAGGAGAUGUCACAACGGUGAGAGCUGCGGCUCAAGUCACCGGCAUCGAUGCGAACACGAGACGUUUUAAACGACGCUCAACAGCAUUUUAAAUGCAACGCAGCCGAAAACAAAGCAAGCAAAAAACAAAAUUGCCACAUAGCAGCAUUGAAAUGCCAACUGGAUGUGAAUGUUGCGUUGCUGAAAUGCCGCGCGUAGCGUAUAUGUUAAACGUUCCCGAAAAUGAAUGAUUUACAAAAGCAAAACACUAAUGAUUGAUUUAAUGAACGAACAAACGAAAUGCAAUUAUAAACAAACAUAUAUACACACAUACAUACAUAUAAAAAAUAUGUAUUUGGAAAUAUGCUAAAUAAUCUAAAAUGUGUAAUUAUAAUGGUUAGUUUACACUCGAUGUGCAACUCUCGAUGUGGUGUCCCCUUAAAUUACAAAAUAUCGAAAUUUAUUGUAUGCAAAAAAAACACGUUCCACACAUUCCCAAACUCCGCCCAGCCCCAUUCCAUCCAAAAACUCGCCAGAUUCGUUAGAACGUGUUGCGCGUUGAACGAGCUGUCUUGGACAGUUAAAGCAGUUAAGAGAAAUUAUGCAAUUAAAUUCGAUGUGUUAAAUUGUGAAAUUUGUAGGUUGGAAAAUGCAAUAUCCAAUUGGUAGUUUGUAGUACGCUUAACAAUUUAAGUUUUUAGUGUGUAUAUGAAAGUGUUAAAGGCGCGCAUUUUUUAUCCUUUUUAGGAAAGGCUUUUGCAUGUCGUUGGGCAUU